AAAUAUAAAUAUCGUUGUCAAAUGAGGUGUUUAUCGAUAUUUAAGACUAUUGUCAACUCCGAAUCAGCUGAUUGGACUAAUUUUUAUUUUGUUAACAUGGAGCUACGAAAUCUGAUAAACAAAGCAUUUUUGAAUUAAAAUGUCUAGUGAAAAUAGGAAAAACUAUGUUUGCGUCAGCUGUGGCAAUCCGGCACGCGAAUUGAUUAAAAAAUAUAGUAAUACUGUUAAGCCGACCCACUGUGAUAAAUGUAAUCAGAUAACUGAUAAGUACAUAGAAGUCGAAGAGUUCAUAAUCUUGAUAGAUGCUUUGCUUCUUGUUUCCGCCGCAUUUCGACACAUGAUUUGCAAUGGUAACUUUAAGCUGUAUUGGAAGAUUUCACUCGUUGUCCUCUUAUUGGAGUCAUUUGCCUUAUGCAGACAGAAGCGGGGAGAUGGAUCUAACACUGCACUACAUGAAAAGGGCUUUUACAUGUGCACACUGCAUAACAUUGGUGAAUACCUUUUUAUAACGCUGCUGCUAUUAUUUAUUACUGCUCUUCUCAAUAUGCGACAGCUGGCUAAAACUGGAUUAGCAUCUGUUACAUUGAUUAUUUUAAAAGUAGUAGCCAUUUCCAAUUUCUCAAAGUUCUUCCUGCUACCCAUAUUGGUGUGGCGUAGUAAUACAACAGAUUUUGGACGGAAUCUGCACUAUAUGUUGGUCACAGGGCAUCAUCUCUGCUCAUUAAUAAUGGCUUACAAUGUAGUUGGUAUUAGCAAUAGCCAUCUUCGAGGGCUGACCAUAUUUUUGGUUAUUUGUGCCUUUGCUACUAAAGAGUAUGUUCGGUAUUUGGCAGCAUUUGAGAUGGAAUUAUAUUUAUUGUAACAAUAAUAAUUAUAGACAUAAUGGUUAGAUAAUUAAAUGACUUAAGUCUGUGUUGCAUGAAUUAAAUAUAAUCAGUACUUGAAGCUAUUCAGUAUUUAAAAAUUA